CACAUAUGUAUUUUAAGCUAAAGUUUGGAUAGUGCACCUUACUUUGAUAUCAACCGCAUAACGUUGCCAUAAAGAAUUCCCUGGAUUCUUUCCCGCGAUAUUCCUCGAGGGAUGCCCAAAUGCAUACACACGUUUUUUCAUGCUUCUCCUCGUACAUUUUCCUAUGUUCAUUUCUAGGCAGUGGUUACAUAUCUGUUGAUGAGUUCCUUCAUCUGUAUCGCCGCAAAUUACAAGCAGAUGAGGACGAACGUGAGUUGAGGGAGGCAUUCAGAGUCUUAGACAAAAGGAACUGCGGACAGAUCAAUACUGAAGAUCUACGAUGGAUUCUAAAAAGUCUUGGUGAUGAUUUAACACCCGAGGAAAUAGAAGAUAUGAUUAAUGACACAGAUACAGACGGAAGUGGAACUGUAGAUUUUGAAGGUACGUUUGAAUCCCCUGAAUUGUACAGUUCAUUUGUCGUGGUUCAUAGACCGAAUAAAGGAGCACAUUUCAAGAAUAUUCUAGUACAAUCUAGACAUGGUGGUUGAUUAUUAUCACAACUCACUUUAGAUUGGGAGCCCUGGG